GCAACUAUCCGUCACCAGCUCCUCUAUUCAGAUUUCAAAGACCUUGUAGUUGAAAACAAUGUGCCGGUUCUAGCCAGCUAGCCGUGAAUCACCUUGUCUAUGCCUCCAAUGGUGUUCUUCUUGGAUUCAAACACUGUAUCGAGGAUGUAUGAGUCAUGGUGUGUACAUCUCCUUUCUCAGCCUCUACAUAUAGAACCCCAGUCGGUUUGUCACUCAUCAUCAAUCAGCAUGUCACAGGUUCACUAAUCACUGGCCAGUAGUCACUACUCAUCUAGCUUGUACUAGCACCAGUCACCAAUCACCAUGCGUCCGAGCAAUGAGCCUCUCCUCUCCUUCCCCUCCCAAAGAAACGACUCUCCAUGCAAGCCCGUCUUGCUGAUCACACUCUGUUUAGCUACUCUGUUUUGCGCUGCCGCCGCCUUCCUCCUCCUCAACCUCGCCACUCCGGACCUCUGCGCCGGCUCCGCGGACCCGGCCUCGUGCCAAGCCAUCGUCGCAGACGCCGCGCUAGCGUCACCACGCGCGCAACCAAUCCGCCCUGCGCAAGUCCUUCGCGCAAUCGUCGCCAGGUCUCUCGGCCAGCAUGACGCGGCCGCCUCGGCGGUGGCCGGCAUGCACCGACGCGCCGGUGACCCGAGGCAGCGCGCGGCGCUCGCUGACUGCGUCCAGCUGUUGGACCUCGCGCGGGACCGUCUCGCAGACUCGGCCGGCGCCGCGGUGGCGCCUGACGACGCGCGCACGUUGCUCAGCGCGGUGCUCACCGAUUACACGACGUGUAUGGACGGUGUCGACGGGCCGCUGCGCGACUCCGUAGGGGCAUGGCUGGAGCCACUGAAGUCCCUCGCGAGCGCGUCGCUCGCCGUGCUCAACGCCGUGGGCUCCGUCGAUGGCUCCCGGGACGCGCUCGCCGAGGUCGUCGACGCGUUCCCGCCGUGGGUGCCGGCGAGAGACCGCGCGCUCCUGGAAGCGUCUGUCGCCGUCAAGGCGGACGUCGUGGUGGCCAAGGACGGGAGCGGCAAGUACAAGACGGUGAAGGAGGCGGUGGACGCGGCGCCCGACGGCGGCACGAGCCGGUACGUCAUCUACGUGAAGAAAGGAGUGUACAAGGAGAGCCUCGAGGUGGGCAAGAAGAAGCGCGAGCUGAUGAUUGUCGGCGACGGCAUGGACGCGACGGUGAUCACCGGCAGCCGGAACGUGGUCGACGGCGCCACAACUUUCAACUCGGCCACCCUAGCCGUGGCGGGCGACGGGAUCAUCCUGCAGGACCUGAGGGUCGAGAACACGGCGGGGCCUGAGAAGCACCAGGCGGUGGCCCUGCGCGUGAGCGCCGACCGCGCCGUCGUCUACCGCUGCCGCGUCGACGGCUACCAGGACACCCUCUACGCGCACGUGCUCCGCCAGUUCUACCGCGAUUGCGCGGUCUCGGGCACCGUGGACUUCGUCUUCGGCAACGCGGCCGCCGUGCUCCAGAACUGCGCGCUGGCCGCGCGCCGGCCCAUGCGGGGCCAGAAGAACGCGGUCACCGCGCAGGGCAGGGAGGACCCGAACCAGAACACGGGCACGUCCAUCCAGAAGUGCCGCGUCGUGCCGGCGCCCGACCUGGCGCCCGUGUCCGGGAGGGAGUUCCCGACGUUCCUGGGGCGGCCGUGGAAGGCGUACUCGCGGACGGUGUACAUGCAGUCGUACCUGGACGCGCACGUCGAUCCGAAGGGGUGGCUGGAGUGGGACGGCGAGUUCGCGCUGAAGACGCUCUUCUAUGGGGAGUACCAGAACGAGGGGCCCGGCGCCAGCACGGCCGGGCGCGUCAAGUGGCCGGGGUACCAUGUCAUCACGGACCGGAGCGUGGCCAUGCAGUUCACCGUGGGGCAGUUCAUCCAGGGCGCCAACUGGCUCAAGGGCACCGGCGUGGUCUACAACGAGGGGCUCUGAUUAAUCCGUGGUACACUGGUUGAAUUCUGAUGGUGGUCUAGUUGUCGUGUGCCGAUGCGGAUAGAGAGCCACUCUCACGAGUCUCACUCAUCUCAGGGGCAGAUCUGUCAGUACCUGGCUCAUUUGUCACCUUGACAGUCUAAAUAAAAGUGAGCUAGGAUCAGUUUUUUGAGAGCAUGGAACUGAACUGGUAAUUACUGAACGUAUGAACAAUGUGAUAUAGUCUAAUCGAAAAGUCUAUUUCAAAUCCGUCGAGCUUUAUCUUCCGGUUUUUUUAGAGGAAGUGCUUUUAUAUGAUGUAUCUUCCAGUGCUGCCAA